ACAAAGGCAUCCUCCGUCAGGAGGUGUUAGCGCUCCUUGAAAAGGGAGCCGUGGAGAGGGUCCCUUCACAUCUGAAGGGCAAGGGGUUUUACUCCCGGUAUUUCGUUGUCCCAAAACCCAAGGGUGGGGUUCAUCCCAUCUUAGAUCUCAGGGACCUCAAGAAGACGGUGGUGAAAUCCAAGUUUAGAAUGGUAACCCUGGCCUCUGUUAUCCCGGUUUUGAAGUUAGGAGACUGGUACGCAACUCUCGAUCUCAAGGAUGCUUACUUCCAUGUGGCAAUAAGACCCAGCCACAGGAGGUUUCUCCUUUUUAUUGUUUCCCGAUGCCACUUUCAAUUUACAGUGCUCCCAUUCGGCCUUUCAACAGCACCAAAGGUUUUUACAAAAUGCAUGGUGGUCGUAGUGGCGUUCCUCCACUAAAAAGGGGUACACGUCUUUCUGUACAAAGAUGACUGGCUGAUUUGUGGUCUUUCCUACAACCAAGUGAAGGCCCAUGUUUCCCUCACAAGGGCCCUCUUCGUAAGGCUAGGACUCAUGCUAAAUGAGGAAAAGUCAUCGUUGAUUCCCUUUCAGCACCUCAAAUUCAUAGGUGCCCUCCUGGAUGCCAGGCUGGUGAGAGCACUUCUCCCCAGAACCAGGUUUCUGUCCAUAGUGGUCUCCAAGUUAACCCAGUACCCCAUCACAACCAUCCGAGUCUGCUCGAGGCUACUGGGACACAUGGCGGCAUGUACGUAUGUGGUAUGCCAUGCUCCAAUGAGGCUCAGGCCUCUACAAGCCUGGUUGGCAAGGGCAUUCAACCAGUCCAGGGGUCUCCGGGACAUGGUUCUCACAGUGCCUCCGGUGGUGAUAGCCUCCUUACAAUGGUGAACCCAGGAGGCGGUGGUGUGCAGCGGGGUUCCGUUCACUGCACCUCCUCUGUCGCUUACACUGGUCAUAGAUGCUUCCGACUUAGGUUGGGGAGCACAUCUGGGGUGUCACAGAACCCAGGGUUUGUGGUCCCCUGUAGAGUGGGCUCUGCACAUAAAUGGCCGGGAGCUCAGGGUAGUCAGGAGAGCCUGCGAGACCUUCCUGUCGAAGCUGUCUCGCCGCUCUGUCCUGGUCCGCCUGGACAACACGGCAGCUGUGUUUUUCCUCUACAGACAGGGGAGAGCCCGGUCGCCUCUCCUCUGCCACGAGGCUCUAUGCCUCUGGGACCUGUGCGUAGCGCACAACAUAGUUUUGCAGGCAGAGUACCUGCCGGGGUGCAAAAACUUGCUGGCCGAUGCUCUGAGCAGGUCCUUUGGAGCCCACGAAUGGUCUCUCAAGGAUUUGGCUCUUCGUCAGGUCUUCCUCAGGUGGGGUUGUCCCCUAGUAGACCUGUUUGCCUUGGCAGGCAACACCAAGUGCUAGAGUUACUGCUCCCUGUUGGGGCUGGGGGAACACUCCAGGGGGGAUGCUAUAACCGUGCCGUGGCUGGCGGGCAUCCUCUAUGCUUUCCCUCCGUUUCCCCUAAUUCCCAGGGUUCUGACCAGGGUCAAGACCUUCAGGUCCAUGGUCAUCCUGAUAGCCCCUUGGUGGCCCAGGCAGUUCUGGUUCCCUAUCCUGGUGGAUAUGCUCAUCGAGGAUCCUAUAACGCUCCCACCGGUUUGGGAUCUCCUGACCCAGCCUUGGGACGGGGGCCUCAUGGUUCACCCGAAUCUCAGCUCUCUCCAUCUAACAGCCACGUUUAUCCGUGGCUGACCCAGCCAGAAACAGACUAUUCCCAGGAGGUUCAGAUGGUGCUCCUAAGUAGUAGGAAACCAUCUACCAGGCGGUUAUACGCAGCCAAAAAACGUGGUUUUACAAUAGCACCUCAAGGUAAAGACAAAAUUCAGAAACUGGAUGUUCAGCAGCAACUGUCAGUCACAGAUCAGGUUGUGCACAGGCUUCAGUGA